GCCUGAAGAGAGAUAGCUUACUUCCUGAAGUUUAACUUCUUCGUCCCGUUAGUACGGAGUUCAGGAGCAUGGCUGGGAGUGUUGAAGAGGUUCUAUGACCUGACAGCUAAGCUGCUGUCUGGAGAAACCUUCAGUUUCGCUGCACUGAAGGGGAAAGUUGUUCUCAUUGAGAAUGUGGCGUCUCUCUGAGGAACAACAACCAGGGACUACACUCAGAUGAACGAGCUUCACUCUCGUUACUCCAGCAAGGGGCUCGUUAUCCUGGGUGUUCCCUGCAAUCAGUUUGGACAUCAGGAGAACUGCAAGAAUGAUGAAAUCCUAAGAUCUCUGAAGUAUGUCCGUCCAGGGAAUGGCUUUGAACCAAAGUUCCAGCUCCUUGAGAAGGUGAACGUGAAUGGAAACGAUGCACAUCCCUUGUUUGUUUAUCUGAAGGAAAAGCUGCCAUUUCCCAGUGAUGAUGCCAUGGCUCUCAUGACUGAUCCCAAGUUCAUCAUUUGGAGCCCAGUGUGUAGAAGUGACGUCUCCUGGAACUUUGAGAAGUUCCUGGUCAGUCCUGACGGAGAGCCCUACAAGCGCUACAGCAGAAAUUUCCUCACCAUUGAUAUUGAGGCAGAUAUUCAAGAUUUACUCAAGAGCGUCAAGUAAAGUGUGCUGCGACACACUGGGUGGCUGCAAAGAAUAUCAGUUAUGUCCAGCCUAGCCACAAGAUUAAUCAGUAGUCACACAUCUGUUUUGGGCAUUUUAUCAUGUUUUCCACUUUCAUAGUUGCAGCGCUACAAAGUAUGUGAUAUUUCCAGUGCAGUACACUGUGGUUGUUCAGACUGUUUACCCAAUGAAGACACUCCCUGAAACCUUUUAGUGAGGGGAGUUUCUGAUGAAGAUGUAAAAGACUGAUUCAGCCAUUGUGUAUGACUCAAAUAUCAUAUUUUUACUGAGAGGACAAGAGGAGAAAUAAACAUUUCAUAUCACA